UUUUUGCAUGUUUUGCUUAAUUAAUCUUUUAUGAAACUCUUCUAUAAUUAAAACUUAAAGUCUUAAACUUACAAGGUAGGCAAGUAUGAAAGUAAUAAAGCUAGCCCUUACAUAGUUUGCACUAUAUAUAGACAUAUAUUUAAUUGCUUUUAUGUAUAAAUGUACUUAAUCCACCCAAUAACCCCAUAGUAUGUAGAUUUGUCAUUUUUAUUUUUUAAGUGGUAAAAUUAAGGUACAGAGUAUUAAAUAACACCUAAGGUCAGAGCCUCCCUGAAAACCAGACAGUUUGGGUCCAGAAUUUAUGUUCUUGACCUACCAAGGUUUACUGCCACUCCUCAGCAAACCUGUUGAUGUUUGCACAUUAAUAGUUGUACGCAAGAAACUCAGAUUUAGGUUUUCUUUCUGAGUUUACGUUGAAGUUUUUCAAAAUAGAUCAUCUUUUGUAACUCUGCAAAGAUCUUAAAGAUAAUUGAAUGUGUUAGGUAAUGGAGUUCAUAUUUAUAUUUAAAGCAAUUGAUUUUACUUAGUUUUACUUACAGGAUGUCUGUGUAUUGGCAACAACAAAAGUUCCACAAAGCCAGUCUUUUUUUAAAUGAAAUAUAAUUUUCUGCCAACAAAUAUUGAAUAUGUUUAUUUAACCAUUGGUUACUUGUCUAUUUAAAAAAAACAGUUUCUGGAAUUUGUUGCUUCAUCAGACAUUGAGUAUUAAUAUGUGCAGCCUUCAGCUAGUCUUGUGGAAAGCAAUUUCCUGUACUCAGUGUCAGGAAAGCAAUAAGCAUAAAAGCCUGGCAUUCUGGGAGUGAUGGAAAGACCAAGCUGCAAACAAGAGAGCAAAUGAAACUGAUAACCAGACAUAUACCAGCCCUGUGCACACCCCUAAGUAGAGACAGGCCGUCAUCAUUCAGAAACAAAGGAGUGCUGAGACGAAUGUGGCAAAAUUGCAGUUCUUCUCCAGGUGUGAGUCAGCAUAGAGAGGAUGGCAGGACACAUACGGUCCAGCUUCAUAAAUGUUUUAUUGGAUUUAAUCUCCUCUGGGUCAUUAUAAUCUUUCAUCAGGCCUUGCUUCACUGCCCUCAGCAUUUCUAGCUCCCUGUUAUUUCUUUAGUAUCUUUUCCCACCCAGUAGAAUAUGAGCUUGGCAACAUAUAAGACUUUGUCCCAGGCACAACACAUAAUAGGCAUUCGGUAACUAUUGAAAAGACCAUUAAGUUAAUUAUGUUGUAACUUUAAGACCUUCCAUUUUAGUUUUAAUCACUAUAUUUAGUUUUUAUUACUAUAUUCAUAAUACCAUAGGGAGGGAAAUGUGAGAGGUAGAUAGGCUGAUGUCUCUCUGCAGGGGUUGGGGGGCACCUCACCUCAGUCCAGGGCAGAGCUCAGACACACCAUCCCUGGGAGGUCAUCAAGACCACCAAAGAUGAAAGGAACCUAAGGCACCCCAGACAGGGCAAAGCCUCUAAGACCAUCCCUGCUCAGAAAAAAAAUGAGGAGGCAGGCAGGGCUAAGCCCUUUAAACUCCUGAUCGGCAGUUAGAUUAGGGAAGCUAGCUUGAUUGCCCUGUAAAGAGAAACUUGUUUUCCUCUCCUCUUGUCUAAACACUUUAUCCUUAUCUGGUGGUGUUGACAACUCUGCCCUAUAUGUUCCCGAUUACCUACCCAUUUCCUCUUUACCCAGUUUUCCUGGGGCCUUGGGAUUCUUCUAAUCCUAUACUAGAAUUUUGGCACCUUUUCGUUUUGCAUAUGUGCUUUGUGUUAGGGAUCAAUAAAAGGUUUCUGGGAAGUCAGAGAGCUGCUGCACUUCCUCAUUCUACCACCAGGUGUGUGAGUCCAUGUGCGCCCUCUCCGGCCUCCCUGGGAAGUCAGAGAGCUGCUGCACUUCCUCAUUCUACUACCAGGUGUGUGAGUCCAUGUGCGCCCUCUCCGGCCUCCCUGGGAAGUCAGAGAGCUGCUGCACUUCCUCAUUCUACCACCAGGCGUGUGAGUCCAUGUGCGCCCUCUCCGGCCUCCCUGGGAAGUCAGAGAGCUGCUGCACUUCCUCAUUCUACCACCAGGUGUGUGAGUCCAUGUGCGCCCUCUCCGGCUCCCUGGGAAGUCAGAGAGCUACUGCACUUCCUCAUUCUACCACCAGGCGUGUGAGUCCAUGUGCGCCCUCUCCGGCCUCCCUGGGAAGUCAGAGAGCUGCUGCACUUCCUCAUUCUACCACCAGGCGUGUGAGUCCAUGUGCGCCCUCUCCGGCCUCCCUGGGAAGUCAGAGAGCUGCUGCACUUCCUCAUUCUACCACCAGGCGUGUGAGUCCAUGUGCGCCCUCUCCGGCCUCCCUGGGAAGUCAGAGAGCUGCUGCACUUCCUCAUUCUACCACCAGGCGUGUGAGUCCAUGUGCGCCCUCUCCAGCCUCCCUGGGAAGUCAGAGAGCUGCUGCACUUCCUCAUUCUACCACCAGGCGUGUGAGUCCAUGUGCGCCCUCUCCGGCUCCCUGGGAAGUCAGAGAGCUGCUGCACUUCCUCAUUCUACCACCAGGCGUGUGAGUCCAUGUGUGCCCCUCUCCCGGCCUCCCAAAUUUUGUACAUUAAGGUGGUGCAGAGUCUCGUUAUUUUCCCUCAGGUUGGGGCCCACAGCAAACCCCGACAGAAAACAACUUUUUAAGAACCUAUUUUACUACUCUCUCAAUAGUCUUACAUUGUCAGAAGGUAAUUUUGGUUUUUUUUCUUGAUGUUUUAAAAGCUUAGAAAGAGUCAGGAUUAAACAUAUCAAAUAUGACUAAGUACAGUCAGUCCCUACGUUGCAAACAACCCGACUUAAUAGCAUUUCAUACUAUGCACAGGCCCCCCAUAAGGAUAAUUUAUAAUUAAAUAAUCACAUUAAUAAUUACUAGUUUCUUCCACGCAUGUGCACGGACUUGCAUGGCAUAAGUGGUUUAUUGGCGUAACAUCUUUACCCUACCAGCUGAUCUCAUGGUUUACACGGCCACUUGUACACACUGACACUUUUGUCCAAAUUUUUUUAUUCAUUUCCAUGAGUUGAUGUUUCUACCCUUAUGACCAUGCUUCCACAGUGAAAGUCCGCUGCAAGUCCAGGUGAGCCUGCAGUAAAGAGAAAGGUGAUAACAAUGGAAAUAAAGUAUAAAUAAUUAAGCCUUUGGAGAAGGGUCAGAUGCCAUCAUUCAGUGGGAAAGCGUUAGGCUUCAGUCAACUUGACGAUCGGAACAAUUGUAAAGGAUGAAGUGGGAAUGAUGCAACAUGUGAACAGCAGUGUUCUGAUGAGAGCAUCAGUUAUUACUAAGCAGCAUAGUGGAUUAAUUAUUGAAAUGGAAAGGGUUAUCACUGAUUUGGCUAGAAAAUCAAAAUAAGUAACAUUCCUAUUAACCCGGAGUUGAGGCAACAUUAGGUAAGUGUUAACCUUUAAUAUUCUUUUGUGAGAUUUCUUCUAUCUCCUAUCUAAACUUUUUGUAUGAGUUUGUUUUUAUGUUCUCUUUGUUUAAAUUAAAGAGCACAAUAGUUUUUGUAAGUUAUUACUAUAGUACGAGGGUAUUAUUAUUACUACAGUUUUACACUAUGUUAUUAUGACCACAUAUGUGUCAUUGGAGUGUUGUUAUCAGUACCAUGUAUGUACGGUUCAACAGGGAUCUGACUUACAUACAAAUCCGACCUAAAGGUGUUCUUGGGAAUGUAUCUCAUUUGUAACCCUGGGAUCACCUGUAUAUAAGUGUUUUUGAAAAGUUAAUAUAAGAUUCUGUAGUUCUGUAUGUUUGCCUUUUACCACCCAUAAUCUGCACAAUAACUGUACUUAGACCUUUUCCAUGGUCCACUGACCCCUUGCUGCUUCCAGAUGCUUGUGAAUAUAAACAGUUAAACGUGCACACACCUUGUCAAGUGGGUUUUGCAGUUCACUUGAAAUCCAAUAAGUAUUCCAUGUUAUACUCUGGAAGAAAGACUCAUCCCCUCCCAGCCCACAUCACCCUUAUUAGAUUGUUGACCUCUAGUCUAAUAGUCUGUUCAAGUUUCUUGAUCAUCUUUACUUUCAUUUGUUUAUAAAAUGAAGCUGGUCAACAUCUUAAGCUGGUAAACAUCUUGGUUUAAUGUAAUGAGACAGGGCAAGUUCUUUGGAUAAAAGUUAAUCUUCAAAUAUAACAUCUGUUUUUCCUCUC